GUGUGCAAAAACGACUACUGAUUGAAAAUGUCAACACCACCAUUGCUUCACCUAGCAGCCAUAGAAUUGGCUUUACUGCAGUGACAACGGACCAUCAGAUGCAUAUGGGAAUAGACCAUACUGUUCAUUUCCCUAAAGUCAUUACUAAUGUCGGCAAUAGGUUUGAUCCAUUUACGGGAAUAUUUCGCGCACCUGUUUCCGGUCUAUAUCUCAUCAAUGCAUCCAUUCUCAGCCAUUCUGGUCAGGAAGUUAGAUGUGCAAUAACUAAAAAUGGUGGUGAUAUUGCUAAUAUAUUCAGCGGAGAUAGUACAACGUAUUCUACAGGAGCCAAGUCUGUUCUGCUUGACCUUGUGGCAAACGAUGAGGUCUGG